CACGCCAUCUUCCCUUUAUGAGUACCUAAUCAAUUUGUAAAACGCCGGCACGGAAGCUACUGAGCUGUAUUGUUCAGGGCGCAACAGAAAGGAACGCAUAUAGCAAAGUGUUUUCUCCUCAGAAGUGGUCGGAGUGAAGAACUAAAUCCUGCUGUUAACUUACUAAAAAUGUCAGGGCUUGAAGAAAAGGACAACUGCUCAGAAGAUGCAACACCUUUAUCCCUUUUAAGCUUAAAUAAAUUAAGAAUCUCGAAACUUGAACGGAAUGAAAAAUCGGACGACUGCCCAGAACGAGUGGAAGUCGUUGUUCCAUGUGGUCAUAAAAUGCCAUUAGACUACUUGAUAGCAUGGUGCAAAUGCUAUCUUAAACAGGCAAAGACUAAAUUCACCUGCCCAACAUUUGAUAUGGAGAAAAAGGAAGCCUGUUCAGCAAAAUUUUCUUACAAAGAAUUGUGUCAGUUUGCUGCCCUACCUCCAAGGAUAAAGGAAGUUUUUGAAGAGAGACUUGGUGCACUAACUGCUGCAAAAUUCUGUGAAUAUAAAAUUUGUCCAGGAUGCCAGUCCUAUGUGGAGAGAGACCAUAAGACAAACCUGUGUGUGCACUGCACCAUCUGCACUGCCGCUAAGGGACGUACCUAUGAGUUCUGCUGGAACUGCCGGAAGGAGUGGAAGGGACAAGUGCACACUGCCAUGUGCUGUGGUAAUAGCAGCUGUGAAAAGAUAGAGCCCUCUCAAGCUAAAUGUGAUUCUUUAAAGUUGUGUCAACCUGCAUUCAAGACACAGAAGCUUAAUACAGAGCAGAUUUAUGAAACAAAGGCAAAAUCCAGUGACAGAAAGCGACUGGCUAUGAUAAUCAACAACGUUAAAUUCAGACGCAAAGAUUUUUAUCGGUGUGGAUCAGAGAAGGAUGAAGAGAGUAUGAGGAUUCUACUUGAGGGCUUAGGUUAUCAUGUAAUCAUACUGAACAACCUGUCUGCAGAGGGAAUGAAGGCUGCUUUUGGCAACUUCUCACAGUGCAAUGAACACAGAUAUUCAGACAGCACCUUUGUUGUGAUUAUGUCCCAUGGUGGACCUGAUGGGAUUUGUGGGAUUUAUGCUGAAGAUGAAGAAGAUAUCUUCCCAGUUGAGAAAAUUUUCCAAUACCUUGACUCUGAGAACUGCCCGGGCCUAAUAGGCAAGCCAAAAAUCAUUCUCAUUCAAGCCUGCAGAGGAGAUAAGAAAGGUUAUGUUUGGGUACAUGAUAGCAGAAUACCUAAAAGUAAUGGAAUAAAGCAACACAGAGAGAAAGACUUCGCCUGCCUCAGAUCCUGCACACCAGACACUGUAUCCAACAGGAAUGGAAUGACAGGCUCAGUCUUCAUCCAAAUCCUUGUAAAAAUAUUCAGUGGACAUGCUCAUGAAGAUGACAUCAUGGAGCUGUUCAGAAAGGUUUUAUAUUGGUUUGAAAAUGAAGCAGAGAAAGUAGAAUGUUACCAAAUGCCAUGCUUGGAGAGAACAACUCUUUCAAAGAAAUUUUAUCUGUUUCCUGGACUUUGAGGCUAGAACUUAGCUUGCCUCUACAGC